AUGGCUUUGUCUUCUCCAGAUUAUGAACGAAUGACGCGAGACGAGCUCCGACAAGUAGACGGAGUUAUUAAAGAACUGGACAAAAGAAAGCCAUUCGACGGUUCCAAUCAGCCCAGAACGGAGGCUCGAAUCAUCGAAUACAUGAAAAAGAAAGGAUUGUCCGAUGAUGAGAGAUGGAAACUACUACAGAUGACGAGAGACAAUACGUUCAGUCCACGCAACUUCCGCGACCUCCUACCGGGAAUGGAAGCACCAUAUGCAUACGCACAGAAAGGGUCGUACAACCAAGAGUGGACUACGAACGCACGUAUAAUAUACUUGAGAAAGGAGCUCGUCAGGAAAACGCCCAUCGAGACAAUCCUUGCUUAUCGGACGAUUUCCGGAAUUGGGGGGUCAAAUGGAGGCACACCUGGAAUUGGGGGUUCAAGUGGAGGCACACCUGGAAUGGGAGGAUCAAAUGGAGGCACACCUGGAAUGGGGGGUUCGACUGGAAGCACGUCCAAACCGAAAGCUCCAAAGAAGCCCAAGGCUCCGAAAGUUCCGAAAGCACUAUCAGUAAUAGCACGAGAGGAGUCCAAAUUCAUCUCCGACAAUAUCUUCACUCCGGAGUAUGGCCUCCCACCUGUUGCGGCGGAGUUUUUCGGUACUGGUCUGGUGAUUAAACAUUGUGCAGAUGAACAUGCACGUAAUUGGAAACCAUUCGCAACUUCACCCUCCUCCUCGCUGGGACCCUUCAAGAUUACAAAUAAUGCGCUAACACCGCUUGAUAAAUUGGAAGCGAUAGCAGGACCAAAGAGCUCACUAUGGAAUCUCAUACCAAACACAUGA